AUGUAGGUGCCCGACUUCAAUCCGAGUCCCGGCCUGUGGUGGAACCCUUUCGAGCAGCUCUGCUACAACCCCGUCCUCGCUCUUGUCAAGGCCCCAAUUCUCGUCUUCCUUCUGCGUCUGGGCGGGCACCACAGCACCAUAUUCAAGGCCAUCUGGACCCUCAUUAUCUUCAACAUAUGCCAUAUCGUCUCGAUUUUCUUUGGGGCCCUGUUCCAGUGUGUGCCGAUCAAGACAAACUGGGACCCUGAGCUGCGCGGAUCCGAGCACGUUCUACAUCGACAAUAG